AUGUCCUUCGUCCCAAUCGUCUCUAGUGUCUCCGCAUUCGCUGGCCCAGUCCUUGGUGGAAUAGUGGUUCAGGUUGACCAGUCAGCGCCGUUGAACCCGGCUUAUGCUGGUCUUGCAAUUGAUUUCGCAAGCUUCGUUCUGGUGCUACUCUUCAUGAGGAAAUCCCCGAGAGACGUCAGACUACAUCUUUGCAUCACAACAAGUCAGACAGCUAACAAACCGUCAUCCGAACCAUUCAAAACCGUUGCACCUCUUGUUGAAUGGAAAGCUAUCGUUCUCUGGUUCUUGGUCUGUGCUGUGUCCAUCGGAGGAACUCAACAGUGGUCUGUACUCCUCGUGACCAUCCAGAAGGAACUCGGACUUUCCAGCCUUGUGCUAGGGUCCAUCAGCGGAUGGUGUGGUCUGAUGAUCAUAACGGGGCAGUUGCUGGUGUUGCCUUUCCUCUCCCAUCGACUCAAGUUUUCCGAAGGCGCAGUUGUCGUCUUUGGUUUUGCAUUAGCCCCUUCAAUCAUCAUUCUCUGCUUCGUCACGAAUCUAUGGGCGACGAUUGCAGUCGGCUCUCUGUUAUCAUUGGGCGUCCCUCUGGGCAUCACGAUGGGCUUAUCG